AUGAUGAUGCGGUAUUGGAGGUGUAGCGCAAGGUUUUCACAGGCCUCUGUUCUGAUCGGACUGAUAGUGGCUGUCGCUGUGACCACAGCCCUUGAGUUUGAUGGCUUGCCAGGCCAGUGGGUCCGCUACGGACCCUGGGAAGCAGGAGCCACUGGAGAGCUGAGCUUCACCUUGAAGACCAACAUCAGCAAAGCCGUCGUGCUGUACCUGGACGAUGGCGGUAACUGCGAUUUUCUUGAGAUUCUCAUCAACAACGGUCGGCUGCAAUUGCGUUUCGCUAUCCACUGUGGUGAGCCGGCCUCGUUGCACAUGGAGACGCAUGUUAACGACGAGCGCUGGCAUCGCGUGCUGCUCACACGGAAUUAUCGCGAGACAAUGCUGGUGAUGGACGGAGAGGCCAAAGUGGCAGAGGUGAAAUCCAAGCGUAGGGAAAUGAUAGUGGCCAGUGAUUUGUACGUGGGUGGGAUACCACCAGAUGUCCGUCUCUCUGCCCUCACGUCCAGCACUGUCAAAUAUGAGCCACCUUUCCGUGGCCUAAUCGCCAAUCUGAAGUUAGGAGAGAAUUCUCCUGUCCUCCUGGACAGCCAGGGGGUGAAGAAUGAUCUUGAAUACCUGUGUACCAAACAAAACCCCUGCAGCAAUGGAGGACGCUGCUCAAUUCACGAAAGUGAGGUGCUGUGUGAUUGCACCAAGACUGGCUACAUAGGGAAAUACUGCACUGAAGCUAUCCAGCAAGUUUUGGGAGGUAUGGCGCACCUGAAGUUAAAGAGCCAAGCCCCAGGAGCAGCUCCUCUGAUGGCCACUCCUGCAGCAGGUAAUCCAGAACCAGGCCAAGUGGAGUCAGUGGCCACAUUCAAGGGUAAUGAGUUCUUCAGCUACGACCUGUCCCAGAAGCCCAUACAGAGCAGCACAGACGAGAUCACACUGUCGUUCCGAACGCUGCAGCGAAACGGCCUCCUCCUCCACACCGGCAAGUCUGCCGACUACGUCAACCUGUCUCUGAAGAGUGGCGCCGUUUGCCUGGUCAUCAACCUGGGUUCAGGCGCCUUCGAGGCUCUGGUCGAGCCAUCUGACGGCAAGUUCAAUGACAAUGCCUGGCACGCUGUUCGCGUGUCCCGCAACCUGCGUCAGGUAACGAUAUCAGUGGAUGGGCUGUUGACCACCACAGGCUACACUCAGGAGGACUACACCAUGCUGGGCUCUGAUGAUUUCUUCUACGUGGGUGGCAGUCCAAACACCGCAGAUCUGCCCGGUUCCCCAGUGAGCAACAAUUUUAUGGGUUGCCUCAAAGAUGUGGUGUACACCAAUAAUGAGUUUAGACUGGAGCUCUCCCGUCUGGCUGAAUUGCGUGACCCCAAGGUCUCUCUCCACGGUGACCUGACCUUCCGCUGCGAAGAUGUUGCUGCGUUAGACCCCAUCAGUUUUGACACAGCAGCAGCUUACGUAACCCUGCCACGCUGGAAUGGCAAGAAAACCGGCUCUGUGUCCUUUGACUUUCGUACCACUGAGCCUAACGGACUUCUGCUGUUCAGCCACGGGCAUCAGCAGGGGUCGAGAGACCACAGACUGAGGGUGGACUUCUUUGCCAUGGAGCUGCUAGAUGGAUUCCUCUACCUGCUCAUGGAUAUGGGCUCUGGUAGCAUCAAAAUAAAGGCCGGGAACAAGAAAGUCAAUGAUGGAGAAUGGUGCCAUGUGGACUUCCAGAGAGAGGGGAGAAAAGGCACCAUCACUGUUAAUGGUCGUAGCAUGCCAUUUUUCACCAACGAGGGCAGUGAAGUACUUGAUCUGGAUGGUGAAAUGUACCUGGGGGGUUUGCCCGAUAACAGCGGCGGUCUCCCUCUCCCCCCAGAAGUGUGGACGGCCCCCCUUAGGCUGGGCUUUGUGGGAUGCGUGCGGGACCUCUUUAUAGACGGUUGCAGCAAGGACCUGCGGCGGCUGGCAGAGCUUCAAAGUGCUCAGGGUGUAAGCAGCUUCUGUACAAGGGAGACGCACCGAAGGUGCAGCUCCGAGCCCUGCGCCCAUGGAGGCCGCUGUCGCGAGGGCUGGAACCGGCAUGUCUGUGACUGCACUGGAACUGGAUAUGUGGGCCCCAACUGCGAGAUGGAGUCUGCAGUGCUGAGUUAUGAUGGCAGCAUGUUUCUGAAAGUCCUGAUGCCUCAUGCUGUGCACACUGAGGCUGAGGACGUAUCUCUGCGCUUCAUGUCUCAGAGGGCUUACGGUCUGCUCAUGGCCACCACCUCCAAAGAGUCCGCUGACACCCUGCGUCUGGAGCUGGACGGGGGAAGAGUCAAACUAACCGUCAACCUAGAUUGUAUCGGGAUAGACUGUAACCUUAGUAAAGGACCGGAAACUCUGUUUGCAGGGCAUAAGCUGAAUGACAAUGAGUGGCACUCUGUGAAGGUGGUGCGCCGUGGGAAGAGCCUGCAGCUCUCUGUCGACAAUGUGACUGUGGAUGGCCAGAUGAGCGGAGCACACACGCAACUGGAGCUCCACCAUAUAGAGACAGGCAUCAUGACCGAGCGUCGCUUUAUCUCUGUCAUGCCUUCCAACUUCAUCGGCCAUCUGAAGGGUCUCUCUUUCAAUGGUAGGCCCUACCUUGACCAGUGCAAGAAUGGUGACAUCUCCUACUGCGAGCUCAAUGCCCGCUUCGGCAUGCGUCGCAUCGUGGCCGAUCCGGUCAGCUUCCGGAACCGAGCCAGUUUUGUGGCUCUGUCCACCCUGCAGGCCUACGCCUCCAUGCACCUGUUCUUUCAGUUCAAGACCACCAGCCCAGAUGGUCUGAUGCUGUUUAACUCUGGAGAUGGCAGUGACUUCAUCGUGAUUGAGCUGGUGAAGGGGUACAUCCAUUAUGUGUUUGACUUGGGCAAUGGGCCGUCACUCAUGAAGGGCAACUCUGACAAGCCGCUCAAUGACAACCAGUGGCACAACGUGAUGGUGUCCCGCGAUGACAACAAUGUGCACACACUUAAGAUCGACUCCCGCACAGUCACACAGCACUCCAAUGGAGCCCGAAACCUUGACCUCAAAGGAGAGCUUUAUGUUGGAGGUGUGGGUAAGAGCAUGUACAACAGUCUGCCCAAGCUCAUAGCAUCUCGGGAUGGCUACCAGGGUUGCUUGGCCUCAGUUGAUCUAAACGGCAGGCUUCCCGACCUCAUCACAGAUGCCCUGCACCGGGUGGGCCAGGUGGAGCGAGGCUGUGAAGCCGGACCUGGUACAACCUGCACAGAGGAAUCCUGCUCCAAUCAGGGGGUGUGUCUGCAACAGUGGGAGGGGUUUACCUGUGACUGCACCAUGACAACAUACGGAGGUCCCCUCUGCAGUGACCCUGGGACUACAUAUAUUUUUGGUAGAGGAGGAGCGCUCAUCACGUACACCUGGGCCCCCAAUGAACGGCCAAGCACGAGGGCAGACCGGUUGGCUGUGGGCUUCAGCACCCAGCAGAGUGAUGCCAUCCUGGUGCAGGUGGAGAGCUGCCAGGGCCUUGGAGACUACCUGCAGUUGCACAUUGAACAAGGAAAGGUCGGCGUGAUCUUCAACGUGGGCACGGAUGACAUCACCAUAGAUGAGCCCACGGUCACCAUGAAUGACGGCAAGUACCACGUGGUUCGCUUUACGCGUAGUGGAGGCAACGCCACCCUCCAGGUUGAUAACCAGCCCGUCAUUGAGCGCUUCCCAUCAGGGAACAUUGAUAAUGAACGGCUUGCAAUAGCCAGGCAAAGAAUUCCAUACAGACUCGGUCGGGUAGUUGACGAGUGGCUACUCGACAAAGGCCGCCAAUUAACUAUCUUCAAUAGCCAGGCAGCCAUAAAAGUGGGUGGUCAGGAUAAAGGAAGGCCAUUCCAGGGCCAGAUCUCAGGCCUGUACUACAACGGGCUGCAAGUUCUUAAACUGGCCGCGGAGGGGGAUCCUAACGUACAGGUGGCCGGGAAUUUGCGUCUGGUGGGGGACGCGCCCUCCGUCUUGUCCACCGAGAACACCUCAGCCACCCCUCCAGCUGCGGGAGACAUGUCCACCACCAUCAUGGAGACCACCACCACCAUGGCCACCACCACCACUCGUAGACAGCGCUCUCCCAGCCUAAAAGACAGUAUCACACAGAACUCAGAUGACCUGCUGGUAGCAUCGGCAGAGUGUCCAAGUGAUGAUGAGGAUCUGGAAGAGUGUGAGCCCGGCACUGGAGGUGAACUUGUGUUGCCCAUAAUUACCGUGGACACCCAAGAUCCCCUUUCCAUGGCCACCCAUUACCCGGCUAUCCCCGCCCCUCCCACCUCCCUGACCCCUCUCCAGACCACCAAAGAGUCCCUAAUACUGUCAGACCACCGCCCACAAUGCCCUCCAGACCAGGAGGACUGUGGCGACCCUAUGGAGGUGUCAGCCUUUGGCUCUGGAGAAAUGACGGAGUCUGAUGAUGAGGACUUUUAUAAAAACUCCCCCAUGGUCACUGACAGGACUGUCCUGCCACCACCCCCUGCCGUAGGCAAGAGUGGGGGCCAUGGUUCGGGUGAUCACCACCCACCGGUCCCAGCACCCACCACCCACCCUAACCAGCUCCACAUCCCAGCAGGCAAAAUGAACACCCGUGACCAGGUGCUCCUUCCCCCUGCCCCAUCCUCGCGUCACACUCCAGGGCUAACUUACCUGCCUGAUUUCCCCCAUGUGCCCACAGUUCAUCCCACCGAUCUAAUGGAGAAGGUUCGACCCGGCGCCGUGGAAGUGAUCCGGGAGUCCAGCAGCACCACAGGCAUGGUGGUUGGCAUCGUGGCAGCGGCUGCCCUGUGCAUCCUCAUCCUCCUUUACGCCAUGUAUAAAUACCGAAACCGAGACGAAGGCUCUUAUCAGGUGGACCAGAGCUGCAACUCUGGCUCUGAAAGCAACGGUGCCGUAGUCAAGGAGAAGACACCGAGCACGACAGCAGCUGUCGCCAAGACGACCACCAAGGGCAAGAAGAAUAAAGACAAGGAAUAUUAUGUCUGAGGAAUGAGUGUGUGUGAGAAAGAGAGAGAGAGAGAGAGAGAGAGAGAGAGAGAGAGAAGUGAAGGUUAACAGAAAGGAAAUCGGCUGGCUGAGGAUUUUCAGAACUUCAAAUCACCUCCUCUGCAUCCUCAAACAUUUAAGCCACACAAUCUUCUGUUUACUUCUCCUCCAAAAGUUUUUCUCCUCUUCUGCCACAGAAAGAUAAAGGAGGAGGGAAUGAGGAGAAAGGAACAUUGAUGGAUGAAUGAAUUCUCCCUUCUUUGCUGUCUUGCAAAGCCAUUGUUACAUGUAAUUCUAUCUAUUUCAUGUCUAAAAAAAAUCUUCCAUUACAUUCCAGAUGAUGUAAUGCUCUUUACACACUUUGCAAUUAAAAAUGUAUGUUUUGCGUGGUCUGAGCAUCCACAGAAAGGUAACAAAACCCCAUGGACAGGGAGAGAAAACUUCCCUUCAAUAUGCAGGGUUAUAAAAAUGUCUCUAUACAUUGAUUUGCGGCCAUUACUCCAAUAUAUACUUUAUACACCUAUAAAAUUGAGAUGACAAAACGUUUCCUUUUCCCUCACAGUAAUAAUUUAUGUAGAACAGAAAAUGAUUGUGUUCGUUUUUUGCACAAGACGAGCAGAUGCUGCUAUCAGUUCUUGGGGAUAGGCUGUGUUUAAUCUGACACCUUUUUCAGAGAAAGAAAAAUAAUUUGUUUGGAAAGGCAGCAGAUAAGAUCACAUCUUCUGCAUUGUAGUCCUAUUGAGCUGAAAUACCUGAGUAGUUUGGAUAUUUUUUGUCAGGUGUAUAAAUUAAGAUUAAUCUGCCUGUCAUGUAACACAUGGAUCAAAUUCCUUCAUUUUUGUUUUAUCUGCCAUGGUUGUAUAAAUACGUUCUUGCUCAGAACCGCAUAUUAGCAGUUAGACAGCAAAGCCUGCUUUGACACCUCCACCAGAAGGUAUGAAAAUGCUUGGAUGGCUGUUAAAACUGUAAACGGCCAUCUAAUGACCAUUUAAGAGGAGUGUCUCUCUCUCUCCUUGGUGCUGAAACAUAGUGAUCUGUUAGCCUACUAAUUGUGUUCCAUGCAUGAUGUAUUCACAUUCAGCUUUUGAUGAGAGUUAUUUUAUAUGAUAUGAAAUACAAACCAUAAAGUUGAGAACUCUGAUCUCACUUGGAGUGAUUUAGGGCACACAUUUGUCAUGAGAGAGUAAGACAUGGAUAAAAGGAAAAGCUUUGGAAAGCUAGACUAUCCUGAACUGAACAUCAGCUCGGUUGUAUCUAUGUAAAUACAGGACAUUGCUGAAAACACAUAGGAUGCAGGUUUGUGUGUAUUGUGCGUGCAGUAUGUAUGCGUGUGUGUGCGCUUGUGUUUGUCAUUUGUCCCAGUUCGUCCUCUGGCAUGACAAAGAAAUACACAAGACUACCAGAACUCUUUCUUGUGCCCCUUAUAUUCUUUAUGGUGUGAAACUACAGCCCAAUACCCAUCUGAAUGAGACUACAGACAGUGAAACAAACAGGAUAAGGCAAAUAUGUAGAGGAAAUCAAAUCAUAUUUUGAGAACUGUGUGGCAUCUCUGCUGGGAGAGAAUGGAACUUGUGUAACUGUAUUGUUAUGCCAAUUCAACACCUCCCAAACCUUACAGGAAAAGAAACCUGAAAAGGAGUGAACUGACAGGACCUUCAUGGAUAAAGCUGUGCAACUUUGUGUCCAGACUUUGUAUCAAGGAAGGACAACUCCUUGAAAUGAGAAUUAAAAAAGAAGAAAAAAAGAAAAGAAAAACACAGUAUACUGUCUAGAUAUUUCUCACAUUUGAAAAUAUGGGUUUUCAAAAUAUGGGUUUUCUGAAUUGACAUUCCUUGUUAUUACAAAGAGGUUUUUGUUUACUUAAAAAAAAACAAU